AAUGAGUGACUUUUCUUUUACCUAUAUUACCUUGUUAAAAAUGUAUUAAAAGAACUUGCAUUCCUUUGGCACGAGGAAAAACAAUAAUAAACAAUUACUUUCAAAACAAGCACUAUCCACCCAUCACAUAUUAAGUGUACAGACUGAAAAUUUGGGCUCAGUGAAAAUGUCUCCAGAAUGAGCAAGAAAUUGCAUUUGUGUUCAUAACAGCAUAAACAACACAUUCUAGGUCAAAGGGAAAAGGUGAAAUCAACAAUUCAGCAAGCCUUACCUAAACACAAGAGUUGGGCUGGACCUGCAAAAUUUUUACCUGGCUUUUCUUAAGACCAAUAGAGUAGCGUCAGGAUUCAGUGGCAGAAGUAGAGUUUGCUUUGCUUAAGCUGUAGCUUACUCUGAUUGCCUAGCCCCAGAAGGGCUGGUUGUGGGUGAACACAGGGCCCCUUUGGGCCCAGGAAAAGGGGCUGUCCUUCAGUCUAAGGCUGUGGUUGUGAGAGGGGUUGGUUCUCAAGUGGCCAGGGUGACUAGGGAUGGGAGGAGCUCGGAUGGGAGGAGCUUGGGUGCUCAACCCCCUGCUUUUAUUAAUGUAAGUGUUUCUGGUAGAAGGCUCAGCCCACAGCUUUAUUGUUUUUCCCCUGUAGGCAGGGGUAGAGCCAGUUGUGCAUGGCUUUGCAGCACCACCAGCAGCCCAGAGAGAAGCCCAGCUGAGAUGAACCUGUCUUCAGCCCUUUGUCCUGGUUCUCUCCCAGAGCUGAGGACCUCAUUGUUCAUACCAGAUGUUUUUUGAUCAUCCUGAGAAAAAUGAGCCUUGGCCUCCGGACCCAGCAAAACAAACAUCCCUCCCAUGGAGAACAGUGCUAGUUCCUGAAGACCCAGAAAACUCACAGACCCCGAGAGAUUAGCCAGAAGCAGGCUUGUUUUCCUGCUCCAACCAGUGGCUUCCUGGAACACAUCUUUCAUUAUGAUCCACACCAACUUGAAGAAAAAAUUUAGCUAUUGUGUCCUGGCCUUUCUUCUGUUUGCAGUCAUCUGUGUGUGGAAGGAAAAGAAGAAAGGGAGUUACUAUGAUUCCUUUAAGUUGCAAACCAAGGAAUUACAGGUGUUGCGGAACCUUGAGAAACUGGUGUCUGGUCCCCAGUCUGUGUCCUCAAGUGGCACUCAGGACCCCCACAAGGGAAGCCAGGCCUCCAGCAAUGCAAAAGUCCCUGCCAAGGCCAAACCCUCCUUCCAGGUGUGGAACAAGGACAGCUCAUCCAAAAACCUUAUGCCCAGGCUUCAAAAGAUCUGGAAGAAUUACCUGACUAUGAACAAGUAUAAAGUGUCCUAUAAGGGGCCAGGGCCAGGUGUCAAGUUCAGUGCAGAGGCCCUGCGCUGCCAUCUUCGGGAUCAUGUCAAUGUAUCCAUGGUAGAGGCCACAGAUUUUCCCUUCAACACCUCUGAAUGGGAUGGUUACCUGCCCAAGGAGAACAUUCGGACCAAGGCUGGGCCAUGGAGCAGAUGUGCUGUUGUCUCAUCAGCAGGAUCUCUGAAGUCCUCCCAACUGGGCCGAGAGAUAGAUGGUCACGAUGCAGUUCUGAGGUUUAAUGGGGCACCCACAGCCAACUUCCAACAAGAUGUGGGCACGAAAACGACCAUUCGCCUGAUGAACUCUCAGUUGGUCACCACAGACGAGCGAUUCCUCAAGGACAGUUUAUACAAUGAAGGAAUCCUAAUUGUAUGGGACCCAUCUUUAUACCAUUCAGAUAUCCCAAAGUGGUACCUGAAUCCUGACUACAAAUUCUUUAACAACUAUAAGAGUUACCGUAAGCUGCAUCCCAGUCAGCCCUUUUACAUCCUCAAGCCCCAGAUGCCUUGGGAACUGUGGGACAUCCUUCAGGAAAUCUCCCCCGAAGCGAUUCAGCCAAACCCCCCAUCCUCUGGUAUGCUUGGUAUCAUUAUCAUGUUGACGCUGUGUGACCAGGUGGACAUUUAUGAAUUCCUCCCAUCCAAGCGCAAGACUGACGUGUGCUACUACUACCAAAAGUACUUUGAUAUCGCCUGCACAAUGGGUGCUUACCACCCACUCCUCUUUGAGAAGAACAUGGUGAAGCACCUCAAUGAAGGCACAGAUGAGGACAUUUACCUGUUUGGAAAAGCCACAUUGUCUGGUUUUCGGAACAUUCGCUGCUGAGCAUGGGUCUCCAGCCAAGCAUGCUCAUUCUCUAUCAGGAGUUCAUGGCGGGUCUGGGCAUCUAUUUUCUUGAAUCAUCCUUGGCUGUUUCUUGCAAAGGAUUGUUCUAGGGGCUUUAGGCAAUAAGAGCUCUGGAGUUUCUGGAGCCUAAAAGCAAGGAAUCAGGCCUAACUUUCCAUGUUGCCAGCCACAAAGAGAGUGUGAGUUCCACCUCCUGCUGCACACAUGGACGGACACACACACACACACUCACACACACCCCUAACAUUCUUUCUAGACAGCAUCCUCCCCUCAUUCUACACAAGUAGAUGUAAGAUCCACCUAUCCCACCAGGGCUGCAAAAGCUGAGCUUUGUUAUUCCCACCCAAAUGGUGUCAUUCUUAUAAACCAGCACUCUGUAUUGCUUGAAAUCUCUACCUAAGUAUUGGUUUCACAUUUUAAACAGUCUCCCAAAUCAUGAUUGGGCCAGGUAAUUCUGGGUGGAGGUAAGGGUAAACAUGGACAGGGGGUGAAUAAUUCCUACAAAACAUUGGAAGCAUCCUCAAGUCCACUGGAGAAACAUUGCUUCCCAAGAUUGAAAUUGUUCCUCAGGAACCAUUUCCCCAAGGAUAUGGUCCUCUCAUCUCCCUGGCUGGUUGGGUUGGUCAUUAGUCAGGGUGUUUAUCAACA